AUGCAAACUGCUGCUAAGGAAGCGCUGCUGAGAUCACAGUUCAUAGCUGGCCUACCGGCUAAUACAGCUGCCCGUACCCUAGCCAUUGCUAAGUCCGAGGAUCUUCAGGUCUCUCUUCUAAGCCUUCUUGGUUUGGUGCAGCCGGGUUGCCGUGGCAACCCAGUAGACUUGGGAAGGGCCGCAAAGGUGCUGGACGUGGUGGUAAAGGUAAAGGUCGUGGCCUUCAUAAAGAUUCGUCACAGUCCUUCCCACCUAGAGUCUGCUGGAACUGCCAUGAAUCUGGACAUUUAA